GAUCUCGUACCCGCUGUAGGCAUGACGGCUAUUCUGAUGUCAGCCGCUGGACUCCCCGUGCACCUCACCUGUGUGCCGCAAGCUGCCAGCACCCAUAAAGCCACUAAAAAACACAGCUCAGUUAAGGAGGGGAGGAAAAUGUCCAAGAAAGCGGCACCAGCGGAGCCAGAAGCAGUGGUGAAGAAGUACCUGGAAGAGGUGAAGGGCUCUCCUGCUGAUGAGGACUGCAUCAUCUGCAUGGAGAAGCUGUCCUCCCCCUCGGGUUACAGCGACGCGUGUGAGCACAGCACGUUGAAGCCGGAGACGGUCGGCCGCCUGACAAGCUGCCAGCACUCCUUCCACAUGCUCUGCAUGCUGGCCAUGUACUCCAGUGGGAACAAGGAUGGGAGCUUGCAGUGCCCCUCUUGUAAAACCAUCUACGGAGAGAAAACCGGUACCCAGCCCAAGGGGAAGAUGGAGGUCUCCACCUUGCCCCAGUCCCUCCCUGGUCACAAGGACUGCGGGACAAUCCGGAUUGUGUACCACAUCAGCAGCGGCAUCCAGGGCCCUGAGCACCCCAACCCCGGGAUGCCUUACACAGCAAGAGGCUUCCCUCGCUACUGCUACCUCCCAGACAACGAGAAGGGCAGAAAGGUCCUGGAGCUGCUGAGGGUGGCCUGGAGGAGACGUCUGAUUUUCACAGUGGGCACCUCCAUCACCACCGGCGAGAGCGACACGGUGGUGUGGAACGAGAUCCACCACAAGACGGAGAUGGACAACAACCUGAGCGGCCACGGCUACCCUGACCCCAACUACCUAGACAAUGUGCUGGCGGAGCUGGCUGCGCAGGGCGUCACCGAGGGCUGCCUGAGACCGUGAGCCGGGGGGGCCCGGCCGGGCCUUGCGUGCCUUGGGGGCCUACCUCGUCCGUUAUUCCUGUUGCCUUAAGUUCCUGUGUUGGACCGCCUGUCACACCGAGCAAUAACACU